ACUUGCACUCAGUGUGGGAAGAGUUUCAACCAAUCAUCGUACCUUAAUCUACACAUGAGGAUCCACACUGGAGAGAAACCAUUUACAUGCACUCUGUGUUGGAGGAGUUUUAUUUGCUCAUCACACCUUAAUCAACACAUGAGGAUCCACACCAGAGAGAAACCAUUCACAUGCGCUCAGUGUGGGAAGAGUUUCAGCAGCUCAUCAAACCUUUAUCAACACAUGAGGAUCCACACUGGGGAGAAACCAUUCACAUGCACUCAGUGUGGGAAGAGUUUUAACUGCUCAUCAAACCUUAAUCAACACAUGAGGAACCACACUAGAGAGAAACCAUUCAGAUGCACCCAGUGUGGGAAGAGUUUCAGCCACUCAGCAAACCUUAAUCAACACAUGAUUAUCCACACUGGAGAAAGACCAUUCAUGUGCACUCCAUGUGGGAAGAGUUUCAGCCAAUUAUCAUCCUUUAAUCAACACAUGAGGAUUCACACUGGAGAGAAACCAUUCUCAUGCACUCAGUGUGGGAAGAGUUUCAGCCAAUCAUCAAAUCUUAAUCUACACAUGAGGAUCCACACUGGAGAGAAACCAUUCACAUGCACUCAGUGUGGGAAGAGUUUUAGCCACUCAUCACACCUUAAUCAACACAUGAUGAUCCACACUGGAGAGAAACCAUUCACAUGCACUCAGUGUGGGAAGAGCUUUAGCCAAUCAUCAUCGCUUAAUCAACACAUGAUGAUCCACACUGGAGAGAAACCAUUCACUUGCACUCAGUGUGGGAAGAGUUUCAGCAAAUCAUCAUCGCUUUAUAGACACAUGAAGAUCCACACUGGAAAAAAACCAUUCACAUGCCCUCAGUGUGGGAAGAGUUUCAGCCUAUCAUCAUCACUUUAUAGACACUUGAAGAUCCACACCGGAGAAAAACCAUUUACAUGCACUCAGUGUGGGAAGAGUUUUAACCACCAAAGUAAACUUAAGAUUCACAUGAUGAUCCACACUGGAGAGAAACCAUUUACAUGCACUCAGUGUGGGAAGAGUUUCAGCCAAUCAUCAAACCUUAAUAAACACAUGAGGAUCCACACUGGAGAGAAACCAUUUAAAUGCACUCAGUGUGGGAAGAGUUUCAGCCAAUCAUCACACCUUAAUCCACACAUGAUGAUCCACACUGGAGAGAAACCAUUCACAUGCACUCAGUGUGGGAAGAGUUUCAACCAAUCAUCAUACCUUAAUCUACACAUGAGGAUCCACACUGGAGAGAAAACAUUCAUAUGCACUCAUUGUGGGAAGAGUUUCAGCCAAUCAUCAUACCUUAAUCAACACAUGAGGAUCCACACUGGAGAGAAACCAUUCACAUGCACUCAGUGUGGGAAGAGUUUCAGCCAAUCAUCAAACUUUAAUCAACACAUGAGGAUCCACACUGGAGAGAAACCAUUCACUUGCACUCAGUGUGGGAAGAGUUUUAACUGCUUAGCACACCUUAAUAAACACAUGAGGAUCCACACUGGAGAGAAACCAUUCACAUGCACUCAGUGUGGGAAGAGUUUUAACUGCUCAUCAGACCUUAAUAGACACAUGAGAAUCCACACUGGAGAGAAACCAUUCACAUGCACUCAAUGCGGGAAGAGUUUCAGCAAAUCAUCAUCCCUUAAUUACCACAUGAGGAUCCACACUGGAGAGAAACCCUUCACUUGCACUUAAGCCGUGGUCACGCUGGACUUUUCUCCCCAUAGACUUCUAUUUAUACGCACGAGAAUGCGUCAGACCGGAAAUGCAAGUUUGUGCAUCAAGUUUCGCAGUUCACUGCGUUGCAAAGUUCAAGCUUGGUGA